AUGGCGUCGGUGCGCGGAGGGACGACGUCGAUGGAUCGUGUUCCGUCCACGAGCUCGCUGAACGAUGGACCGGUGACGACGUCGGACGUGCACGUGCUCGUGGUGGACGACGAACGCAUCUGUCGGACGGUGACGAGCAGUCUGCUGCGACGGUGCGGGUACAGAGUGACGAUGGCGGAGAGCGGUGAGGAGGCGCUUGAGCUCUUGCGAAGAGGGACUGAGUUUCACAUGCUACUCACGGACGUGAUGAUGCCGGGAAUAGACGGGCCGGCGCUGCUUCAAAUCGUGCGAAACGACGAGCGCCUGCGAGACAUGCCCGUGGUCAUGAUGAGCGCGAACGAGCAUAGCGACACUGUCUUCCGGUGUAUUCAGCACGGGGCGGAAGAUUAUUUGCUCAAACCGGUGAGUAGACGGGCGGUGAAGCAUAUGUGGACGCAUGUGUGGCGGAAGUCCCAGGUAAACGUGUCGCGAACCGUGCCGCAGCUCGGAGAGGAUGGGGAAGAGCUUUUAGAAGACGACGAAGAUAGAGGAGAGAUGGUGCACGGCGUCCCGUCGGUGCCCCAGCACGGCGAAGAGGUGACAAAUUCAGGUGAAUACAACGUCAUCGAUCGCGUGCACUCGCCCGCAGGAAUGCGUAGGAACGUGUCCAUGCUCAGCCUGGCCUCUGCUGGGUUGAGCACCAAGGCGAGCCUGUUCUCGGCGCCAGUUCAAACAGAGGGUGAAGACGUUUCGCAAAAGGAAGAAGCAACCAUGGACAUCGACGAGGAUGUCGGUAAAUCAAACAUUCAGAUUGUCCCUGAGCCAGUCGUGCAUUCCCUUCCUCCGCCGCUCGCAGGUCUGGAGACUGGUGCGCGUUGCUUGCGGGAGUGGCUUGACGACGAAACCUCUGGGGCGCAAGCGACGCGAAAAGAGGAGCGCUGGCACGUCGCGUGGAGAAUCACUGCCUUCGUCGACGGGUUGAAAUAUGGCACGAGCGCAGCUUCUUACGAUAUGUUUGAUGCCAAUUGCUUGAACAUCAGUCCGCAAGGCGACAUUACCUUCGCGGCGAAGGCUCACAACGAGGAACGCUCGUUCGUUGAGCUCGCUCAGGAGCUUGACGAUCGGGAUGCGCUGUUUGUCGUCGGUCUGAUCAUCUUAAACAUGUUCUGGCCCGAAGUGUUCAUCACUGUUUAUGAGGCGGAGUAUCCUGAGAAGGCGCUGACGCAAGUGCUGGCGAUGAGUGGUUUUGCGAAGCAGGCCAUGACGGGUGAGUUUGAGGCGGCAAAAGUUGUCGUGUCCCUUCUUAAAAGAGACACUCGUACGACCGCGCGCGACGCGAGCGAAAAAUUUCGAGUUCUAGCCGGUGAGGCGCGGGCUUUCGGCGUUGAGAGCGAGAGACGCGUUGCCACCUUGAGGCGCUUGGAGACUGUUCUCGAGACGCUUCACGCGGCGCGGCUCUCGCAAAUGAGCGAGUUGAUGCACUCUCGCGCGACGCUGGAUAUUCUGAUCGCCGAGGCGCAUGUCAGUGACGGUGAUGAAGAUAGAGACCAUGAUUUGGACGUGACGGGAUUUGAAGCAGCACGCAAGCGCGCCCGCAAGGAGAGCACAUCUGGAGCAACAGAGGUUGGAGUUUCCUGCUACGACGACGGGACGCUGAUGCACAAGAAUCUCAAUUCAGUGGUCAAGUCUGCGUUCCGAUCGGCGAAAUCGCUAGAAAGACAAGUUUUCGAGGAUCUGGAGAUCUCGCUCUUCGAUAAGUGCAUCGUUGCGAUGCGGCAAACCUCACCGAGCGAUUGUGACUCAGACGGAGCAUGGCUGAAGCGUGUUCGGGAAAAUGUUGGCGGGAGCGGUUACUCCGUGUGUAAUGCCCUCGACGAUUUCGAGAGCGAAAUUCGUUUGGUGACGCGAUCAGUAUCCCUGAAGCGAUGCGCUUCCAUCGGUGGUGACGUUACGGAUUUUGUGGCGAAUAACUCGAUGGUGUGUUGCGCCAGUUGGGAUCGCGACGGCGAGCUCUUUGCAACAGCGGGCACGAGUCGAUCAAUCUGCGUGUACGAAGCCGAUGCGGUGAUGAAGCUAGGUGCGCGCGUGCACUGCCCUGCGGUCGAGUUCGAGGCGAACGAUAAAGUUUCGUCGCUGUGCUUCAAUCAUUACGUCAAGCAAUCCAUCGCGUCGGGUGAUUAUCAAGGAGUUGUGCAGCUAUGGGACGUACACAAGGAGGUGUCCACGUGGGAGAACAACACGCACCGAAGGCGAGUUUGGAGCCUGGACUUUAGUAGCAUCGAUCCGACAAAGCUAGCCAGCGGCUCCGACGACGGUACCGUGCGAGUUUUCUCCACGACGACGAAGGAAGCCACGUGCACGAUACAGAACCACGCCAACGUGUGCUCCGUCAGAUUUCAUCCGACGGCUCCUCAUCUGCUCGCCAUCGGGAGUGCCAACCACAAGAUCCACUGCUACGAUUUGCGUCAACUCAAUAACCCUUUACUCACCCUUCAAGGUCAUCGAAAGGCUGUUUCUUACGUGUACUGGGUCGGAGACGAACUACUGUCUGCAUCCACUGACAAUACGCUCAAGCUCUGGGACGUCAAGCGAAACAAUCCGCAAACCGCGUGCGUUCGAACGUACACGGGUCACACCAACGAAAAAAAUUUCGUCGGUCUGAGCGCAAAUGCCGACGGCUAUAUCGCGUGCGGCUCUGAGGACAACGUGGUGCAUCUGUACGCCAAGCACUCCUCGGUGCCAGUGUCGAGCUACAGCUUCUCCGACAAACCAGCGCCGGUGACGCAACAUCGGCGAGAUAAGGCUGGAUUCAUUUCCUCCGUCGUUUGGUCUCCAGACUCGAAACAUCUGUUAGCGGCGAACUCGAAGGGGCACCUGAAGAUUCUUGCCCUCUCGAAGUCCGUCUGA